AUGUUUGGAGCAAAGUUUCUAGCAAUUUUAGUUGUAAACCUUUGGUUAUCAAAGUCCAAUUUUAAUUUUGAAGCUUAUGGGGAUGCAGUAGUUGAUGUGAUCCCAACCCCAACUUCUUGUGAGAACUGUCAGGUCACUCCACCACUUCCUGGUUAUCCUUCUUAUGGAGCUCCGCCACCACCUUCUGGCUACUCUAUAUAUGGUGCUCCACCACCACCACACAAGGCAGGCCAAUCUAAGUGCCCUCCUGCUGCAGGUGUUCAGUGUUGUACCCCUCCUGCACCUUACACUUAUGGUUAUGGACCUCCAAAUACUUAUUAUGCGCCUCCUAAUCCUUACACCUAUGUGCCUUAUGGGAAAGGACAAGGCCCUGCUUCUAUGGUUCUGCCAAUUCUAGUCCCCCUCAUCAUGCUUUUCUCUUCCUUUAUUUUUCUAGUCUGA